AUGAUGGCGUUAGGAGAAGUAGUGGCGAAAAUGACUACAGUAGAUGUUAUAAAGCCUGCUGGAGAUCAUCGCGGCUCUCAAAUUUUACAAAACGGUAUCAAGCAGCUCGAGAACUUGAAAAAACAAAUGGGAAAAUUUGCGAGGGAAACGAUAUUUGGGAGUGUGAUGAAACUGGCCCGCGCGAUGUUCGGUGUUUCUGAAUCGACUCUUACGAAAGCAAAACAGUUCCUUUCUAAGGCGAAAGAUCGUCAUGUAGACACCAGAAAAUUAAGAAACUCCACUGCUCUGAAGCAUCUUUCCGAAGAGGAAAAGCAAAUAAUCCUUGAUCACAUCGAUAAAUGCCAUGAAGAAGAUGCAAAUUUCUCCAUCUCAACGCUCCACGCCGAUUUGGAGCACCAGUAUGGCUAUUCAUAUAGUCCGUCAACGCUAUAUCGACAGCUACGUGCUCUAAGAUUGAGCUUCAAAUUGAAGCAAUACAAUCCAUUUGCCACUAUUCGUAAAGAUAUUAUCGAGUGGCGCAGAAAGUAUCUGAAACUGAUGGAUAAGUUGAUAUUGGAAGGAGCGUUCAUCUGCUACUACGAUGAGACGUGGAUUUUCCACGGAAUGACGAAAAUUCGCGGUUGGAAUCACGUUGACACAAAUCCCUAUUUGAUCACUCAUUGGGGGAAUUUGAAUAAUCCGAGGCCUGGAUUCCCAGCAGCAUCGGACAAAGGCCAAAGAGCCAUCGUGCUUGCGGUGACUACGGAAUCCCAGAUUCUGCCAGAAUCCAUCGAUAUUGUUGUUUCCAAGCGGCCAGAUUCUGAGGUGCUUGUCGAUUAUCAUCAGUAUAUCAAUUCGGAAAUGUACAAGAAGUACAUGAUGAAGGUGUUGCCAAUGAUCGUCAAAGCCACACCAGCUGGACGGGAAGCUGUAUUGGUUAUCGACAAUGCUAGCAUCCACAAUUCAGUGGUGGAAAAGAUUCCUACCAAAAAUUCGUCAAAGCAAGAAUUGCUCACUUUCCUUUCAACGCGCGGCAUCUCAUCAAGCGUAAUAGCCAGUAAAAAUGAUCUUUGGAUCGAAGUUCAAGACUUCUUCAAACGAAAUGGUGGAAGAAAAGAACUGAUGAGAUACGAAGUUGACGAGUACGCGGCUUCUCUUGGUGUCACCUUACCACUGUCAGUUCUCACCAAUCUGUCAGUUCUCACCUCAACGAUAGGGCGCGCUUGCACGAAGGGAGAGAAAAUUGGCGGGAGUUUGAAUAUGAGAAAGCAAUAA